UUCCAUUUGUUGUCCUCCGCCCGCACAAAUACUUUUACGCUUGAAUUUGUUUAAAUGUAGCUACAGGAAAAAUAAAUUAAAAAACUAAAAAUGACCUACGACGAGCGCAGUAGUGAUGGCAGCAGCUCCAGUGAAACGCCGGACACCUACGCCCAUUUGCUGACUACCAAGCCGGGUCAAUCCCAGAUGCCGGCCACCACCAUGCCGAAGCACAUUCCCUUUCCAGAGCACGCCACCACGUCCGAAUGGCUCAGCGAACUCAUCAUGUGUGCCUUCACCAUGGGCUCCGCCAUCGUGCAGUUCAUCAACAUUUACAGGACGAACUGGUGGCUGCCCCAGGCGCACACCAGACACAUGGUGAACAUAGAACUGAUAGAUCCUUAUCUACGCUAUCUCCUGCUCAUACUCAACUCGCGAAGACUGAUUUACUGCUUGCUGCUGGUGAAGAUUAAGAAGGGCAACGAGAAGAGCCGUCAUUUCAUUCGGCUUAGCAUCAAAUACGGAUUCGGAGGCCUGGUGCAGCUAGCGUUGGGUUUCUGCGCCAUGAAGCUGUACCAGCAGCACACCUACAUGCUGCUCCUCUUUCUGUCGUAUCCAGUGGUCAUCUACCUGUUGAUCUUUGGCUUCCAGCUGGAACCAUUCCUUCGCACCAGAUUCGAGCUGCCCGGCGUGUAUAUAAACGAUCUCCCAGUCCACAGCUGCACCACCAAUGCGGUGCACAUUCGGGACGAAGUGGAGACACUGCGUCAUGACUUCAACAAGCGCUUUAAGCAGCUCAUCUUUACCUCUAUGCUUAAUGCCUAUUACAGCGGCCUGGUGCCCUGCUGUCUGGCCAUCAGUGUCCAGUACAACGUACUCCGAGCUGCCCAGCACUGCAUCAUCGUGUGUCUGGGGGCCUUCAGUCUGUGCGCCGUGUUCUUGUACCCCGCCAAGUACAGUGAUACCUUGCAUCGGGCCACCUUGCACUUAGGCUGCUGGCAGCGCAUCGACCGAGAGCCGGCGCCCUCGCAGUUGAUAGUAGCCGCAAGUGCCCUCGCCUGGUCGAAAUACUCCUCCUACGGUCACGGCACCGUGGUGAAGCACAACGGGGGUCUAUACAGGAGCCAGGGCGUGGUCACAGUGGCCACACCGGGAAACGCCAGUCAUGUGCGAUUCUAUAAACUCUUCCACAACCCCACUAUCAUCUACUCCACGUUGGCCAUCCUUCAGGCGGCCGUGUUGCUGGUGGAGAUUGGAUCGCUUAGUGCGGAGAGCGUCGAGUGGCACUUCGUGCUCUCCAUUAGCUUUGUGGCCUUUACCAGCAUGGGAGCCUUCUUCAAGCUAGUGCGAGACUAUCUCAUCACCAAGGACCUGUACAAGGCGGAGCACGCGGUGGCACCCGAUCAACCCUUUCGACUACGCAUGCGAGAUGCAUUUAUGUAAUAACGAUCCAAAGAAUAA